UCUAUUUAUCGUAUUUGCGAAAUUCAUAAUCCAUUUAUUGAAACUUGAAAAUAUACAAAUAUGAAAAUAAUUUAAACGUUUGUUUGUGUUAUUUUAUGAUAGCCAUGUGGAUUUACAUUUGAUUUAUCACAAUAGUGACUGAACACAUCCCGUCUGAUCUGUGCAUUUGAUCAGUUAAGUAUCAAUGAUAUAACCUCGAAAUUGUUUUGUGAAUAAUAUCGUUUUGAAUCUAAUUUGUAAGUGUUUCUGUUGUGAUGGCGCUACAGCUAUCACGGCGGGAGGUUGACGAGCUGCGGUCGUCACUAGACCGCGCUAUAUACCGAACUAUUGGAAAGUCUGACAACUCGUUACUUUCGACUGUUUCUUCUUGUCUCACCAACGGUUACGAACGUCGAAAGUUCAUAGACAAAAUAUCAUCACACAUAGAUCCAAAGAAAGCCAGUAAAUUAACGGACAAAGUCCUCGCACUAGCCCAAGAACUGGUGACUUCAUCAAAACCACAGAAACGUAAACACGAACCGAGUGACCGAGACAGGGAUAUAAAGAAAACAAGGCAUGACGAUAGAGAAAAACAUGAAGAAGAGAAAAGGCAUGAUAGAGAAGAGAAGGAGAAGAAACUUGGGAACGGAGUGGAGGCACUUCCAUUACCGUCGAUCAUGCCUGAUGGGGAGACGGUGGGAUCUAAGAUGUCUGUGCUCAGUGCAGAUCGAAUUAAGCUUAUGAUGGCAAAUGCUCAAAAAGAAAUUGAGGAACGUAAAAGAGCACUAAUAGCAAUGAAGGGCGACCACAAGCCUGGAGUGAAUGUAGCUGUGGCGGCCGCCCAACAGAUCAAGGUUCAAAUGCAACAGAACAACGCCAUCCCGCCGCCCAGUGUCAUCAAACCUGUGCUGUAUUCUAAACCUGCUGCAGUACCAGUCAGUCAAGAGGAGUUGGAGAAGCAGAGGAAGAUAGCGGAGCUGCAGGCGAGGAUACAGAGGAAAUUAGCUGGUGGAGCCUUAUCGUCAGCUGGAGGGUCAGGGCCUGCUCCCCUAAUCUUGGAUACUGAAGGUCGUACCAUAGACACGACCGGUAAGAGGGUCCAACUCACCCAUGUUGCUCCAACACUUAAGGCAAACAUCCGCGCCAAGAGACGUGAAGAGUUCCGCGCGCAGCUGUCCGGUCAAGUGAGUUCAGAGCCGCCAGCGGAUGCGGGCUGGAUGGACUCCAGGGUGCAGCUGAAGCCGCCCACGCGCACCAAGAGGGCGCUGCGGUUCCACGAGCCCGGCAAGUUCCGGCAGAUGGCGGAGCGGCUGCGGAUGAAGGCGCAGUUAGAGAAGUUACAGAAUGAAAUAUCACAAAUUGCACGCAAGACUGGUAUCUCGUCGGCCACAAAGUUAGCUCUACUCGCAGCGGAUACGCCCGACUCGGACCGGGUGCCCGACAUCGAAUGGUGGGACAGCGUCAUCCUGAUGACGGCGGAUGAAAGGGAAUGCAAACGGAAACCGGAUACGGAUACCCGGACGGGCGAGCAACGGGUCGACGCGUGUAACACCGGCGAUGACGACAUCAUAGACAACCUCAACGAAGACGCCAUCACCAAUUUAGUGGAGCACCCGCAACAACUCCGGCCGCCCACGGAAGCGUUAAAACCAACGUACAUGCCUGUCUUCCUCACGAAGAAGGAAAGAAAGAAGUUACGACGGCAGAGCAGAAGGGAGGCAUGGAAGGAGGAGCAGGAGAAGGUCAGGCUGGGGCUGGAGGCGCCACCCGAGCCAAAGUUGAGGAUAUCAAAUCUGAUGCGGGCGCUCGGCACCGAGGCAGUCCAGGACCCGACCGCGAUCGAGGCAAAAGUCAGGGAGCAAAUCGCCAAGCGACAGAAGACGCAUCUAGAGGCGAACAAAGCGAGGGCACUCACCAAGGAACAGAAGAGGGAGAAGGUGGAUCGUAAAAUAAGAGAAGACACCAGUAUGGGAGUUCACGUCUCUGUAUACAGGGUGAAGGACCUAUUCGAGUCUGCGUCGGCCAAGUUCAAGGUGGAGGUGAACGCGCAGCAGCUGCACAUGACGGGCUGCGUGGUGCUGCACCGCGGCUGCUGCGUCGUCGUCGUCGAGGGCGGGCCCAAGCAGAGGGCUAAGUACAAGCGGUUGAUGCUGCACCGCAUCAAGUGGGAGGAGGAUAUGGUGAAGGACACGGAAGGUAACGAGGUGGCCAACUCGUGCCAGCUGGUCUGGGAGGGAGUCACCAAGCAACGCUCGUUUGGAGAAAUCAAAUUCAAGGUGCUACCAACUGAGAAACAGGCCAGGGAACUGUUCCAGAAGCACGGAGUAGAACACUACUGGGACCUGGCGUACAGCGGGGCCGUUCUGGGCUCCGGCGUAGAUGACGUAUAAACAGACUGGCAAACAAUAAGAU